CUGUGUCUAGUAUUUUUUUUUGGAGACAAGAGCAGCUCAUUCAGCAUGCGUCUUAGUGGGAAAAAUGAGUGAGUGUGGAGUGUGAAAAAUUGGUGUCAAAAUAAGACCUUGAAACUCAAAACAGAGGAAGAGUCAAGUUGCAGCCAUGAGAUUGAGAGCUCUGCUCUUCUUACUGGCUUUCUUUUAUGCAAAAUUUUGUAUCAUUUCUGCGGUUACAGAUCCUCACGAUGCUGCCGCUCUACAAUCCUUGAAGGAUUCAUGGAAAAAUAUACCACCAAGCUGGGAUAAAUCGGAUGAUCCCUGUGGGGCACCUUGGGAAGGAGUCACUUGCAACAACUCAAGGGUGACUGCAUUGGGACUGUCAACCAUGGGGCUUAAAGGAAAACUAAGUGGUGACAUUGGGGAACUGACUGAAUUGAGAUCUUUGGACUUGUCCUUUAAUCGAGACCUCACUGGUUCUCUAUCUCCACGGUUGGGAGAUUUACAAAAGCUGAAUAUCUUGAUCUUAGCUGGAUGUGGCUUUACUGGAAGUAUUCCAGAAGAACUAGGCAAUCUUACAGAGCUCUCCUUCUUGGCCCUAAAUUCAAACAAUUUCACUGGUAGAAUUCCUCCUUCUCUGGGAAAACUCUCUAAACUCUACUGGCUGGACUUGGCAGACAAUCAGCUAACAGGAUCUAUCCCAGUUUCAACACUUAAUUCUCCAGGAUUAGACCUCCUUUUAAAGGCUAAGCAUUUCCACUUCAAUAAGAAUAAACUUUCAGGUACCAUUCCCCCUGAACUUUUCAGCUCUGAGAUGGUACUGAUACAUGUAUUAUUUGAUGGAAAUCAAUUAACUGGGAUCAUCCCAUCCACAUUAGGACUGGUUCAGACUCUUGAGGUCCUCCGGCUUGAUAGAAAUGCCCUGAUAGGGACGGUUCCAUUAAACAUCAAUAACCUUACAAAUGUCAAUGAAUUGAAUUUAGCACACAACAAUCUGACUGGCCCUUUACCAGACUUAACUUCAAUGAGUACCCUCAAUUAUGUUGAUCUUAGCAGCAAUUCAUUUGACUCCUCAGAAGCUCCAGUUUGGUUUUCAACAUUAUCAUCACUCACCACUCUGGUUUUGGAAUAUGGAUCACUUCAGGGGACUUUACCGCAAAAGCUCUUCAGCUUCCCACAAAUACAACAAGUGAAACUGAGGAACAAUGCCUUGAAUGGCACACUGGACUUUGGUGACAACAUUGGUCCGCAACUAGAACUUGUUGAUUUACAGAACAACCAAAUUUCCUUAAUAACACUGGGAUCUGGAUAUACAAAUACUUUGAUACUUAUAGGUAAUCCAGUAUGCACUACUGCUCUCUCAAAUACUAAUUACUGCCAGCUUCAGCAACAAGUUAGAAAGCCUUAUUCCACGAGCCUGGCUAAUUGUGGAAGUAAAUCAUGUCCCACUGAUCAGAAGCUCAGCCCGCAGAGUUGUGAGUGUGCCUAUCCUUUUGAAGGGACAUUUUAUUUUAGAGGACCCAGGUUCAGGGAGUUGUCAAAUGUGAAUAUGUUUCAUUCACUGGAGAUGAGCCUCUGGGUGAAAUUGGGAUUAACUCCUGGUUCAGUUAUGCUUCAGAACCCCUUCUUCAAUAAUGAUGACUAUCUUCAGCUUCAGCUAGCACUCUUUCCUCCUGAUGGAAAAUAUUUUAACAGGACAGAGAUUCAAAGAAUUGGUUUUGAUUUAAGUAAUCAAACCUACAAGCCUCCUCCAGAGUUUGGACCCUACUAUUUUAUUGCUUCUCCUUAUCCUUUCCCAGUUCCACAUGGAACUCGUAUUAGCACCACUGUUGUCCUUGGGCUGGCAAUUAGUGGUGCCCUUUUACUUCUAGGCCUUGUUGGAGUAGGCAUAUAUGCUGUUAGGCAAAAGAAACGUGCAGAAAGAGCCAUUGGAUUGAGUAAGCCAUUUGCAUCGUGGGCACCUAGUGGUAAAGACAGUGGUGGUGCACCUCAGUUGAAGGGAGCAAGGUGGUUCUCUUAUGAUGAACUUAAAAAGUGCACUAACAACUUCUCUGAAAGUAAUGAGCUAGGAUACGGAGGAUAUGGCAAGGUAUACAGAGGAAUUCUCUCUGAUGGACAAGCAGUGGCAAUCAAAAGAGCUCAGCAAGGAUCAAUGCAAGGUGGGCUUGAGUUCAAGACUGAAAUUGAAUUGCUUUCAAGAGUUCACCACAAGAAUCUUGUUGGCCUUGUGGGUUUCUGUUUUGAACAAGGAGAACAGAUGCUGGUCUAUGAAUUCAUGGCCCAUGGAACACUGAGGGACAACUUAUUAGGGAGAUCUAGUAUUUACCUUGAUUGGAAGAGGAGACUCCGAAUAGCUCUUGGUGCUGCUAGAGGCCUCACAUACCUACAUGAGCUUGCAAAUCCUCCUAUCAUCCACAGAGAUGUUAAGUCCUCCAACAUUUUAUUGGAUGAAAACUUUACAGCAAAGGUUGCAGACUUUGGCUUGUCUAAACUAGUGUCAGACAGUUCAAAAGGCCAUGUCUCCACCCAAGUUAAAGGCACACUUGGCUAUCUGGAUCCUGAAUAUUACAUGACUCAACAAUUAACUGAGAAGAGUGAUGUGUAUAGUUUUGGAGUAGUAAUGCUAGAACUCAUAAUGGCAAAGCAACCUAUUGAGAAAGGCAAGUACGUCGUCCGAGAAGUAAGAACAGCAAUGGACAGGAAUGAUGAGGAGUACUUUGGCUUGAGGGAGAUGAUGGAUCCAACAAUCAGAAAUGCAGGAACCCUUGUAGGGUUUGGGAAAUUCCUGGAGUUGGCAAUGCAAUGUGUUGAAGAUUCAGCUGGAGACCGCCCCACAAUGAGUGAGGUGGUGAAGGCCAUUGAAACCAUCCUGCAGAAUGAUGGAAUAAACACAAACUCCACCUCUGCUUCUUCCUCUACCACAGACUUUGGUGUUGCAAAGGGUUCUCUCAGACAUCCUUAUGCUGAUUCUUUACCUAAAAAGGAUGUCAAUGACAACAGCGCCUUUGAUUACAGUGGUGGAUACACCAUUUCUGCUAGAGUUGAACCUAAGUAGAGAAUCCCCCUCUUCUCCAUCCCACCCUUUCCAUUUUUUUUUUGACUCUCAAAAUUUUCCUUAUAGAUAGCCAAUCCUUGUUACCAUCAGAAAUGUUGUGUUUGCUUCUAAUUUCUUACUCUUUAGUCUAUCAAAAAUGAGAC